AUGAAAGCAACAAUAACAUCUUAUAUUAAAUCAUGUGAUAAAUGUUCACAAUUCAAUGUCGAUCGGCAUAAACCACCAGGAUUUUUACAACCUAUUCAACCACCUAAUGAAGAUUUUCAAGUAGUAGGUAUGGAUUGGUGGGGACCAACCACCACUUCGCUUUCUGGAAAUCGAUAUGUUUUAGUUAUAACUGAUCGUUUAUCUGGUUAUGUUUUUGCUAAAGCAUCACCUACAAAUACAGCU